AUGAUUUGCAAAGAAUGUGGUAAGGAAUUUCAAUCAGAGAAAGCUUUGUAUGGUCACAUGAGAUGCCACACUAAGAAGGAGAAGAUCUCUAAGAACUUGGAUGUUGAUUCAUCGAUUGAUAAGAAGAAUAAAGAUGCUGGUCUUCCAUCGGAGAGAUCGAGAAGAAUGAAGUAUUACGAGACUACUACUUCUUCUGUUUUGGAGAUUGAUAAAGAACAAAUAGAGGGAGCCCUAUGUUUGAUGAUGCUUUCUAGGGGUGUUCGUCAAUUGGAUGGUUUCAAUUCUAUUGAAGCAGAAUCUUCAUAUAAAGAUCCGGUGGUUUUAGAAGCUCAAAAUACAUCGUCAGGUCUGAUGGGUAAGCUAAAUCUUGAGAAGGGAGUUGAAAAUAUUGAUUUUGCCUGUGAUGGGGAUUAUGAGAAUCUCAACACUCCUAAGAUGAAGAAGCCAAUAAUCAAGAAGUUAAAAUCUGUUGUUUCUGAUUCUGGGUUUGUGAGGGUUGGUGUCAAGAAGGUUGAAUCUAAAGUUUCUGUUGAUGGGAUUCUCAGGGAUGAUCAGCAGAAGAAAACGAAGCUGGAUAUUCUUAGUAAAAAUAAGGGCAAUCUUAAAAGAAAUAAAUUGGAUUACUCUAAAGAUGAAUUGGUGAAAAUUUCCAUUAAAGAGGUUGGAAUGGAUCGAGCAGAUUCUGGUUUUGGGAAAUUUAAUGGUUCAGGCAAGAAAAGCAAUUGUAAUUCUUACACUAUUGAAUUGGGGGAAGAUUCUGAAAUCUGCAGGAACAAUCAAAAGAGAAGCAGGUUUGAGUGUACAACCUGCAACAAGACCUUCCAUUCUCACCAAGCUCUGGGAGGACACAUAUCUAGCCACAACAAGAUCAAGGUCUGCUUUGCCUCGAAGAUCGAAAGCAUUAAGACAGAUGUUUCUGCUGAUCCAACAACUGAUAGUAAGCUUAACAAGUCUUGUAGCAAUGAGAUUCUGAUCGAGGAAGAGCGGGGCAGGGACAACGAUAAUGUUUCAAGGACUAGUUAUGUAUCAAAGAUGAGCAAGGAGCAUGAGUGCCCAAUCUGUUUCAAGGUUUUUUCUUCAGGCAAAGCUUUGGGUGGUCACAAGAGAUCCCAUUUGGCUGUGGGUUCUGAAUACAAAGACAAUCAGAAGACCAAUGUAAUUCAAAAACAGUUUCCUGAGAUUAGAGAUUUAUUCAAUCUUAAUCUCCCUCCACCUAUUGAAGAAGAAACCAGUGGUGAUAAGGAUUUUAAUUUAAUCUCUGGUGGGUCAGAAAGAACACAAAUCAUGAAGAGCUGGUGA